UAAACGACAACUAGGAAAUCUCGCUUCAAGAAUAUCCCCAAUUCUUGCUUCUGCUCGAUGAGCACUCAGAGUGGUGAUUUAGUCCUUGCCAUUUUAACAGUUAUUCCUGAAUUUUGAUGGGUGUUAAGCAUUGGAUCUUAGCAUCAACUAGGUUUCAUCUUGCAUGAUAAAGAUGCUGUCAAUCCGAAUUAUGGAGCCACUGGGACACGAAAAGCAAGAUCUACUAGGAGGCUGGAACUUUGAGACAGCUCCUUCGAUUUCCGUGUCAAAGUGGCGCACGUUGAGUGCAAGAGAUGGUGAUAGUUGGACGAAGGACCUACCCGAAUGAGCGGGUGUUAGUCUUGCGCAUCAAUCCUUGACCUCAGUUGCAUCGCAUGCACUGUUAGGGAGGGAACUUUACCCUGAUUGUGACGUACUAUCGAACCGAGCGCACCUCGAACUGUAGCACAACAAUGAUGGACGAGCUACGUCUAGAAGUUGGUGCAAAUUGAUGAGAGGUGACUUAACACCAGCUUAGCGAUGGUGAGACUAGUUGAAGAACGAGUUACAGGAGUUGGGUUGUGAUUGAGUUCAGAUUGACGAGAAAUCGUCUUUGAGGAAACAAUGAGGUUCAGAAAGACCGUGUCGGUGGUGGCUGUGGUUGCCACACUCUUGGUCCUGCCUUACCUCUUCAUGUCCUUCACGAACCCGGUGGACCAGCUUCUUUGCAGAGCUUUUCCUUCUGUCAAAUUUCCCAACAAUUCAGAUGCAUCUAAAUCGGUGCCGGAGCAGAGAAUUUCGUCAGCUGAGACAACCAUUAACAAUCUGACAGCGGUACUCAACUCCACUCUCUCGAAAUCUCACCCUGACAAAGCCCUGUCAAAUGUUCUGAAUAAGUCGACCGUUCCCGAAUCGGCAAGUUCCUCUUUCGAUGGCUUGGAAGCUAUGCUAUCGAGCGUUGCAACUGCAGACAAGACAGUGAUUGUAACCACAUUGAAUCAGGCGUGGGCUGCGAAAGACGCCAUGAUCGACACCUUUUUGGAGAGUUUCCACAAGGGGGAGAACACCCAGUUCCUCCUGAACCACUUGGUGAUCGUUGCCCUUGACCAUCGAUCCCUGGAGCGGUGCCGAGAGUUACACCACCACUGCUUCAUGCUGCGUACAGAGGGGGUGGACUUUACCAGCAGGAAGCGUUACAUGACGGAAGAUUUUCUCAAGAUGAUGUGGCGCCGCAUGAGUUUGCUGCGCACCAUCUUGGAGAUGGGCUACAACUUCGUCUUCACUGAUGCAGACAUAUUAUGGUUUAGGAAUCCAUUCGACCAUUUUGCGAACAACACAGAUUUUCAAAUCUCCUCUGACAAGUACAGGGGCAAUCCGUAUUCGUUUUACAAUAGGCCCAACUGUGGGUACCAGUACACCCGAUCCAACAACCGUACCAUUGCGAUGUACAGGCAUUGGUGCCAAGGAGGAGAGGAGAAUCCAUCCAUUGAUGAACAGUCGGUCCUCAAAGUGAUGCUCAAACGUAAUGAAAUUGCUACAUACAACGUUAAGAUUCGGUUCUUAGAAACGGAAAGGUUCUCAGGUUUUUGUGAGAUAAGCAAGAACAUGUCAAAAGUUGUCACUAUGCAUGCAAAUUGCUGCGUGGGCAUGGACAACAAAAUUGAGGACCUGCGCCAGGCGUUAAUGGAUUGGGAGGGCAGACGCCCUCUUGCUUCCAUAAACACACCAGGGACUAAGAUAUGGAAUGUUCCAGCUGCUUGCCGGUAUUCCAUGAGAUCACCUCCAAGACGGAAGAGGAAUAGUCCACCCUGGAGAGAAACGAAAGGUCAAGGAUCGAAUAAUCAACUCGCGGGAAAAAGGUGAAAAAUCUCAGAAGGGUAAAUCUUCAGCCAUCUUGUAAUUUUAUUAUCUGAUGUUGGGUGAGGUUGUUAGCAACUAAGAUUAUUGUAAAACGUUGGAGAUAACCACUACCAAUCGUCGAUUAGAAACGUCAGCAAACCAAAGGAGACAGAAUGUGCAAAGCUGUUUAUUCUUUGUUUGUUCGACGUUGUGGGUGCUCUCAAUUGACCGCCACUUUUGUACAUAGUGAUUAUCAUAUUUGUUGAGGUUAAGGUUCAUCAGUUAGUUACCCUAAUGCUCCAAAUCUUGACCCUGUCCCUUUACUGUGAAGAUUGUUGCUUUACUUCUAUCUCCGAUCAGGCAGUGUUCGCAGCCUCUUUGGUAGUUUUUAUCGAAAGUGCGGACAUGAUUAUUUGAAGGCACAAGCCCUUCGGUAGGGCAGCCAUACGAUAGCCUCUGUUAUUAAAUGUGUGCAAUCCCUAAUUCCCAUCAGGACCUGUCUGUGUACUUAGGUAUGGAAAUGUAACGGGUCAUUCAACUCUC